CAAAGCAGCAGUUCGAUAUGAGUGGACGCGGCAAAGGAGGUAAAGGACUCGGGAAAGGAGGCGCCAAGCGCCACCGCAAAGUGCUUCGUGAUAACAUCCAGGGCAUCACCAAGCCCGCCAUCCGCCGCCUGGCUCGCCGUGGCGGAGUGAAGCGUAUUUCCGGUCUGAUCUACGAGGAGACCCGCGGAGUCCUGAAGGUCUUCCUGGAGAACGUGAUCCGUGAUGCCGUCACCUACACCGAACACGCCAAGAGGAAGACCGUCACCGCCAUGGAUGUGGUCUAUGCCCUGAAGAGACAGGGUCGCACCCUGUACGGCUUUGGCGGUUAAGCGCCCAACCACCUGAAACAUCUUUUUAACCCAACGGCUCUUUUAAGAGCCACACACACAACUCUGAAGAGUUAAUUCAUUCCCAUGUCGUUAUGGCAUUUCAGAAGUGAUAUUAAUUUUUGGGUGUUUUAUCAACAUUGCUGCCAAAACAGCGGCUGUGGGCUUAACUGAAACUGCUAGGAAAUAAAGCCCCCUGAGGCAAAUUUGGGAUAUUAGCUGUUAAAAUUUACUCAAAGCUGAAGGUGACACGUCAAUCUGAAUUCAUGCAGUUUCGACGCAUAUCGUUUUCCCGCCGUUUUCAGUGGGUCAGGCGCGGUGGUUUUCUGCAUGUCUACAGUAAAACGGCCGCGGCUAACUACUGUUACCACUGUUCAGAUACAGGCCAACGUGAAUGCCGCAUGAAACGCGGGGACCCCUGCCAGCAAGUUGAAUCGGUACAUCCGAAGGCGCCAUUACUUUGUGGGAUUCACUUACCUGGAACAUUGAGCAUGUAUCAAGAGAAAGGGGACCCCUGUUUAAGAGCGCUAAAUCACAAUUUUUUUAAGGAUUAAAAGGUUUAUUUGU